GUGCUAAACAACCUCGCUGCGACCGAACCUCUGAUCCGUCAACCACAGCAGCAUCCUCUCCGAGAAGGUCUGACCGUCUCGCCGUGAAGUGCAACUCGACCUGAAACGACUACAUUGGUGCUGUUCCGCCCUUACUGCCUCCCAUCACUACAGAACCCCGGCAGGAUGUGCCCUUCCCCCGCAUAAUCGACCUAUUCCGCCAUUCCCUCCCCUCGGACGCUGAAUCUCCCUGUUCACGAUGGACUACUCUGCGGUAUCGACCGAAGCCGACGCGCUUCAUGGCUCAUCCCCAUGGGGCUCGUCUUCUCCGCGAGCAGACCGAGGAUUCCCUACUCCCACCGCCGAGUCCCCAGAAUCACCUGCUCCGGUUCGAGGACAUUCAUAUAACCAGUCGCAAGAUAGCAUUCCUGAAAGUCCCUAUUUAUCUCAGCCGAGUAACUCCAUCCAGGGACAGGGAGCAGAAGUCUCACAGCCUCAACAAGGCUCCGGAUCAUCCGAGCAGGGCCAAGAAGCUCAGCAGGACGCCCAGGCCCCUGGAAAUAUCCAACGGAACGCUGGGCAACCUCAGCAGCGGCCGGGCACGGCGGCCAGAUACCAUAAUACAAAGCAACAGAGACCGGUGCCCCAAUAUAAAUUACAGGCCAAGGUGACAGCCCUGGAAAGGAUUGGGCGCAAAGAUCCCGUCAUUAGGUUUGACGUCUAUACAAAUCUGCCCAAGUUCCGCACAACCCAGUUUCGCGAUGUUCGUCGAACUCAUUCCGAGUUUGUCAAGCUCGCGGACCAUUUAAUCUCGUCAAACCCAGAAGCACUUGUGCCUGCCGUGCCUCCUGCCAUCACAUCAGCUGGUGCAGGGACCGAUGAAGAUGAGGCUAGAGUCAAGGCGUCGAUCCAAAGAUGGUUGAAUGUCGUCUGCAGCAAUGACGUACUUAUGCGCGAUGAAGAAAUGGUCUUCUUCGUUGAAAGCGACUUCGGAUACUCGCCAGUGGUGAGGAUGAAGCAGCCUGCCACAGGGGUCAGACGGAAGGUUUUAAAGCAGUUUGCCCCUCCACCAGAUGACACGCCGGAGCUCCAACAGGCUCGGCCAGUUGUCAAGAUGUUUUAUCUGGGCACGUUAGAUGCGAGCCAGAAGCUGGAAAAGGUGGUCAAAGCUAGAAGAGCACUCGGCCUUGCCGAAUCAUCAUUAGGCGAGAAAAUGGGCCAGAUGCAUGUGCAGGAGACGCACCCAGGUCUUUCUACAGCAUACCGCAAGCUCGGACGCAUCAUCCAGACAUGUGGCGAUUACCAUGCCGCACAGGGCACGGCCGAAGCGACCACUUUGGGCGACGCCCUGGCCUAUCACUCCUCCGAUGCAUUUAUUGUCAAGGAAACAUUGACGAAUCGACAUAUUCUGUUGCGAGAGCUGCUCCAAGCCGAGUCAUCUCGUCGCAGCAAGGAGAAUGCAGUGCAGCGGCUUAAAAGCAGCUCCAAUGUCCGUCGAGACAAGGUGGAUGAAGCGAUCUCGGCGCUAGACGAGGCCAUCAGCCAGGAAACGUAUCUUCGUUCCAAGACGCAGCGGGUGACGGCCAAUCUGCUGCUCGAGAAGCGAAGAUGGUUCGAGCGCACCUCCAACGAGUUCUUGUUCUCGCUUCGCGAAUAUGUCUUGCGCCAGAUCGAGGCGGAGCGUCGCACGCUGGCAACGCUCGAGUCGGUCCGACCAGACAUCCGCGCCAUCGACGCCUCAGGCGGCCUGAGCAGACUGGGACGCGAGAAUCAUCCUACCGUCCGCAGAGUCAGUCUUGCCAGCAGCCAGAGCUCCAAGGGUGAUGCUUGGAGUGGUGUGCCUAGAGCCCGCGACUCCAUGACUCGCAGCAUGAGCGGCAGUUUCGGUGGUCCAGGCGCCGCCAUCCCAGAGGUCGCUGAUGACGGCAGUAUUAAUGGAGACGGGUCCCUGCGUGGAGCUGCGGGUGCUGCUGGUCGACCGCGCAGUGCCACUGGUACCGCAAGCUUGGAGCGCGUUCAAGAGGACGAAGGUGACGACCGCGUCGAUGCUAAGAACGCGGCGAGUCGGCUGGCCCAAAGCACUUUUUAAAAACAGUAUCUUCUCUCCCCCCUCUAAACCCUCCUGUUUUGGUCUGCAAUGAUUACUACGACCAAAACACAGAUUAACCAGCCCAGGCAGGUGGCACAGUCAAGGCGGGAGUGAGUGUAGCACACAGCAAGGAGAAAAGCAAGCGAGAGGGAGGGGAGAGACACCACUGCAGUGUUUCUUGGACAUUGAACAUAGAAAUUAUUGGCAUAGCAUCACUUACCCUAUCGACGAACUCGAAACUGGAAUCCUCGAGGACGUCUGCUUUUCC